GUAACCUGAAUAGCCUGCAUGGUGAAUCAUACACAGUGUACUUGUAUUUUGUUAAUACUUAGAAAAGAAAAGAAAGUUCCUGUUCAUUCAUAUCCCUUUAGUUUGCACAACGUGCACACAUUCAUCAGGAUGACUGCUUUAGAGCGAACUCUUAAGCUUAAUAAUGGACAGAGCAUACCCAUCAUCGGACUAGGAACAUAUCUGAGUCCUAGAGACAAAGUUCGCACAGCCGUCCGUGCGGCGUUGGAUGCCGGCUACCGACACAUAGACACAGCCUACAAUUACAAGAAUGAAGGCGCCAUCGGAGAGGUUCUACACGAAUACAUAGAUAGUGGAAAAGUUAAACGAGAGGAUUUGUUUAUCGUUACUAAGUUGCCAAUGAUUCAUAUGGACCCAAAGCUGGUUAAAAGAUCCAUUGAGAUGAGUCUGAAGAAACUGCAGUUGUCAUAUAUAGAUCUGUAUCUCGUUCACAGUCCAAUACAACUAGCGUACGAUGGGGAUGAUGAAAACGUAUUUCCUUUAACUGAGACUGGAAUCUGGAAAGCUGCCGACAAAUUCGACCUUCUAGGAACAUGGAAGGCAAUGGAAGAACUGGUCGAUUUGGAUCUGACCAAAUCCAUAGGAGUUUCCAACUUCAGUAUUUCACAGAUUGAAAGGAUUUGUAAAGUGGCCAAACACAAACCUGUCACUAAUCAAGUGGAAUGUCAUAUUUAUCUACAGCAGAAAGAGUUAUUGGAGGCAUGUAAAAAGCAUGCAGUAACAAUCACGGCUUAUGCUCCCAUUGGAUCUCCAGGAUCGGCUGCAGCACAUGCGGGAAAGGGGAAUGGUCUCGCUCUGGAAGAUCCUCUUGUCCAGAAAUUAGCUCAGAAGUAUGGGAAAACUCCCGCGCAGAGUCCAAAAGAUGAAGUUAAGACAGCAAUCCGUGCGGCGUUGGAUGCCGGCUACCGACACAUAGACACAGCCUACAAUUACAAGAAUGAAGGCGCCAUCGGAGAGGUUCUACACGAAUAUAUAGAUAGUGGAAAAGUUAAACGAGAGGAUUUGUUUAUCGUGACUAAGUUGCCUAUGAUUCAUAUGGACCCAAAGCUGGUGAAAAGAUCCAUUGAGAUGAGUCUGAAGAAACUGCAGUUGUCAUAUAUAGAUCUGUAUCUCGUUCACAGUCCAAUACAACUAGCGUAUGAUGGGGAUGACGAAAAUGUUUUCCCAUUAACGGAGACCGGGAUGUGGAAACCUGCGGACAAAUUCGACCUUCUAGGAACAUGGAAAGCAAUGGAAGAACUUGUAGACUUGAAUCUAACCAAAUCUAUAGGAGUUUCCAACUUCAGUAUUUCACAGAUUGAAAGGAUUUGUAAGGUGACAAAACACAAACCCGUCACGAACCAGGUGGAGUGCCACAUUUACCUACAACAGAAGGAGUUAGCUGAUGGAUGUAACGAGCAUGGGAUAAUUGUAACGGCCUAUGCCCCAAUAGGAUCUCCAGGAAGACCUGCACAUGUGAGGGGGAAGAGUGAUCCUGUCGCCCUGGAAGAUCCUCUUGUCCAGACAUUAGCCACAAAAUAUCGGAAAACUCCUGCACAGGUUUUACUACGAUUUCUCAUACAGAGAGGUAUAAUUGCGAUUCCCAAGAGCGUGACUCCGGAGAGAAUCCGUAGCAACUUCCAGGUAUUUGAUUUCUCUCUCUCCAAAGAGGAUAUGGAAGAAUUCUCCAAGAUCAAAGAAAAUCGACGCUACUUUGAUAUGUCUCCCAUGUUUAAGGAUCAUCCAGAAUGCCCAAUCUGACGUAAGAAGAUACACAGCCAUCUUUUGUGUACAUGUUAACUUUAAAUAGUGCGUGCUGAUACGGCUUAUGUCCCUUUAGUUGAAACUAUAUUAUAAUGAAAUAUGGUUGAUGUUGGAAUAAAAUUAAUCCCGGUUGAUUAAGAA